GCCAGUGCUGGUGUGAAGUGAAACUUGAGUACAAGGGAAGGGAGGUACAGCUUACUUCCUAAAAACACUCUCCUACUUCUACCAGAUACUCGUUGUCCUCCGUGUCACUGGUAAUACAGACCGACCGUCUCCGUCUGCACCUGUGCUUUAACCUUGGCUGCUGUGGAGCGGCUACACUACAACUUAGAUUUCCUGCAUGGAAACGGACAGUCUGUUGACCGGGACCGUGAACGGAGCCUCCGGGGAUUAUGGCUCCUGGUCGGGCUCAGACCAUCGAGGGGCCCUGGGCAGCAGACGGAUGUCGUACUCUGUCGCCAGGGAGUUGUGCAGUGUUGAGAGAGACUCAGAUGACGAGGACCUCUACAUUCAGCAAGCUGUUGUGUUCAUAGAGGAUGCCAUACAGUACCGGUCCAUCUACCACCGGGUAGAUGCUAGCUCACUCCGCCUGUAUCGAUGGUACUACUCCAGGAUAUGCCAAUGGAGCCUGGGCCUGACCAUUGCAGUGGUCUUGUUGCUGGCAUUUGUGGAGCGCCCAUCCUCCCUGUCUGUUUCCUCAGACCCCCGGAAUCGCUCUCCAUCUUUUGAGCCUCUUUGCGGCUUUACAGAGAGCAUUGAGAUGAUCUGUCUCAUCAUCUUCUGCCUUGAUCUUGCUGUCAAGAGCUAUUUGAUUGGCUGGGAGGAAUUAAGGAAGAACAAAUGGCUGAUCGGUUACACUGUAGUCAUUUCAGUCUCUAUCAUUGACUGGGUGUUGUCUGUCAGCAUGGAGUGUGAUGAGAGACUUAGAGUGCGGAGGCUCCUCCGACCAUUUUUCCUUCUACAGAACUCCUCUUUGAUGAAAAAGACAUUAAAGUGCAUCAAGAGGACGCUACCAGAGAUUGCCAGUGUAAUCCUGCUGCUGGCACUUCACCUCUGCCUCUUUACCAUGAUUGGCAUGCUGCUGUUUGCUAAGACUGAGGAUCCAAAGAAAAAUGGAGAAUGGGAGUUACAUUUUCGAACCAUGCCUGAUUCUCUCAUGUCUCUGCUGGUGCUGCUCACCACCGCCAACAACCCAGACGUGAUGAUUCCUGCCUACUCUCUAAACAGAGGCUAUUCCAUUUUCUUUAUCACCUUCAGUGUCAUCGGAACCUACUGCCUGAUGAACUUACUGACAGCCAUCAUCUACAACCAGUUCAGGGGAUAUUUACUGAUGUCGGUUCAAACAUCCAUCAAUAGGAGACGACUGGGCAUCCGAGCAGCUUUCCAAGUCCUCAGUUGUCAGGGAGCCCAACAGGCUGCUGAGGAGCGUGUGCAUGUUGAUGCUGUGCUGAAAGUGAUGUCCAGGGUCAAGAUGAAAAGCUACUAUCGAACUGCCAUCACUACGGUAGCACGGCAGUACACAGAAGUCAGCUACAUGGAUCGAGAGCAGUUCAGGAAAAUUUUUGACGAACUGGAUAAAGAUUGCAUCAAGGAGCACCCUCCUUUGCCUCAGUACAGGUCUCCAGCCCUGCAGAGACUCCAGGUGAUCUUCAGUCACUACUAUCUCACUGUACUUGGCAAUGCAGUGGCCCUGGCCAAUGUUGUGUGCAUUUGUACUGUCUUGGUGUUGAAUUCUGAAAAGUCCACAGCAGAGAGAGACAGCUGUGUCUUGGAGAUCAUCAACCUGUGCUUCAUCCUCUACUACCUGUUUGAAAUGUGCGUGAAGAUCUUUGCCUUCGGCUGGUUAGGAUACCUGUCUUACAGAAACAACAUCUUUGAUGGCUUCCUUACCAUCCUGUUACUGGCUCUACAGAUCACUAUAUUCAUCACCUACAGGCUUCCUAAUUCACAGUGGGACCCCUCCUCUCAUGGUGUGAUGUCUCUGUGGGAGAUGGUUCGUUUGGUCAACAUGCUGAUUGUGUUCCGUUUCCUGCGCAUCAUCCCAGAUAUCAAGCUCAUGGCUUUGGUCGCAAGUACGCUGUUGGAUCUGGUGAAAAACCUUAGAGCGUUUGCAGGGAUACUAGUGGUGGUGUACUAUGUGUUUGCUGUGUUUGGUAUCUGGCUUUUCGAAGGUGCCAUUAAACCUCCUGCAGGGAUGAGUGUGCUCUCCAAUACCUCCAUGGAAAACAUCACCACUAACUUUAGCAUGGAGUGUGGCACCUAUGAACAGCUGGGCUACUGGCCAAAUAACUUUGAUGACUUUGCUGCAGCCAUUAUUUUGCUCUAUGAUGUCAUGAUAGUCAACAACUGGCAGGCCUUCAUGGAUGCAUACAGCAGAUACACCACAGAGUGGUCCAAGAUCUACUUUGUGUGUUGGUGGCUCACCUCCUCAGUCAUGUGGGUCAACUUGUUUGUGGCACUCAUCUUGGAGAACUUCAUCUACAAGUGGGACCGCAGUCACAGCUGUUCUGUUACAGAUGUGGAAAGGAUCAGAUAUGAAACCUCAGUUCAACUCAUGUUCAGGGAGCAGGUUCAAGAGCCAACAGAAGAGGAAUUACUUUGUCAGCUACACCAGCACCCCCAUUUACACCUACAGUGGUGACACAGAGCACCAAUACCUACCUGCCACACAGAGUUAAGGCACUGCUACUAAAGUGGAGCACAGAAACAUGGAGGGAUCAGCGUUCUUGCGUUCUACUGCUAUGUUAUUUUAGGCAUGUUUUAUUGUAAUUCCUUUAACUGAAAAAAGUAGAAAGGACAUUUUUUUUUAUUAUUUGUCAGGUUUAGUAAGAAUUUGUGAGAACUGCUGCUGUAAUAUGACAGUAAUCUAUAUGGUAUUUUUCAGAUUUUUUUUUUUUUUUUUUUUAAACAAAGAUUUAGAUUACUUUUCAAUGGAUGCACUUUCUCCACCACAAAAACUAUAAUUGUGAACUUCAGGACUGUUGCCAACUUUUUAGAAAAACAUGCUAACUUGAGCAUAAUUUAAGCUGUGAGUGUGAAAAUAUUGGCAUCAUAGAAGAGGACAGUUUUGUGGCCAAGCUGCAUUCAUAUUAUUAACCCUAACCCUGACCAGCCUGUUGCUUUGUACAGGAUUCUGGGGGCAGUGGGCAGUCUAUGGGAACUACCUAAUUAACAAACAAUUUCCAUGGUUUCAGGCACUUUUUAGAAUCUGUCUUGAUCUCUUCUGGUAACCUGGCAGUCACCUCCAGGUUCACAAUAAUCAGCUCAAAUCGGCACAUACUUGGCAUAUGUCAGGUUUUGUAGCAGCCCACUUCCAUGAGGCAGGAAAGUCACCAACAAAAUAUAGCUUGAGGUAAUAAGGGUUAAGUUUGUCACCAAGUAUUACAAGGAAGCAAGGAAUGCUAUUUUAUUGGUACCCUACACUAAAUUCCUCUUAAUUCUGCACCUCCCCAUCAGCAGUAACAAAUAUCAAAUGCAAAUACUAUCCAGACUGAACCAGUGAACACCUUUAUUUUAAGUGUAUCAACCUACUGCUGGUCUCUCUCCUUGAAGCUAUAACUUGUUCUACUAUGCAUUAUGAUGAACAACCCACAGCGCAAGACUCCUUCAUAGGAUUCAAACCACAAUGGAAGCAGUCACUGGAAACACCCUAUUAUUUGAAAGAGAAGGAUUUCCAAAGUGUUUUGCAGUGAAUGGCUGUUUGACUGAUGAUAGAAUGACCAUGUCUGCUUCAUUAAAUCCACCUGCCAAUGUCACAGAUGCCAAAGAUAAAUGUGGAUGUUGUGUAACAGUUCCAGGAAAUGUCAAUAAUAUUUAUCUCACGCAAUGACAAGAUUUGCAGUCAGGUCCAUAAAUAUUUGGACAUUGACACAAUUUUCAGCUCUGUAUACUACUACAAUUGGUUUAAAAGGAAACAAUCAAGAUGUGCUUUAAGUGCAGAUAUUCGGUUUUAAUUUGAGAUUAUUUACAUCCAAAUCAGGUGAACGGUACAGGAAUUACUUUUUAACAGAACAAAAGUAAUUGGACAAACUAUCAUAAUCAUAAAUCAAAUUGUCACUUUUAAUAUUUGGUUGCAAAUCCUUUACAGUCGAUGACAGUCUAAAGUCUGGAACCCAUAGACAUCACCAGAUUCUGGGUUUGGUCCCUGGUGAUGCUCUGCCAGGCCUCUACUGCUGCUGUCUUCAGUUCCUGUUUGUUUUUGGAUUCAGGUCAGGUGAUUGACAUGGCCAUUGUAAAACAUUCCACUUCUUUGCCUUAAAAAACUCUUUGCUUUUGCAGUAUGCUUUGGGUCAUUGUCCAUCUGCACCGUGAACCGCCAUCCAAUGAGUUCUCAAGCAUUUAGCUGAAUAUGAGCAGAUAAUAUUGCCUGAAAUACUUCAGAAUUCAUCCUGCUCCUUUUGUUACCAGUCAAAUCAUCAAUAAAUAUACAAGAACCUCUUCCAUUGCCAGCCAUGCAUGCCCAUGCAUUUCACUAUCACCACCAUGCUUCACUGAUGAGGUGAUGGCUUUGGAUCUUGAGCAGUUCCUUCCCUUCUCCAGACUCUUCUCUUCACAUCACUUUGGUACAAGUUGAUCUUUGUCUCAUCUGUCCAUAGGAUGUUGUUCUAGAACUUCACAGGUUCUUCCUGUUUUUUGCCAAACUCUAAUCUGGCCUUCCUGUUUUUGAGGCUCACCAAUGGUUUACACCUUCUGGUGAAAACUCUGUGUUCACUCUGGUGAAGUCUUCUCUUAAUUGAUGACUUUGACACAGAUAGACCUACCUCUUUGAGAGUGUUCUUGAUCUGGCCAACUGUUGUGAAGGGUUUUUUCUUGACCAGGGAAAGGAUUCUUCUGUCAUCCACCACACUUUUUUCCUCAUGGUCUUCCAGGUCUUCUGGCAUUGCUGAGCUCAUCAAUGCGUUCUUUCUUUUUAAGAAUGUACCAAACAGUUGAUUUGGCCACACCUAAUGUUUAUCUCUCUGAUGGAUGGAUUUAGAUUUUUCAGCCUAAUCACUGAUAUUGACAGCUCUUUGAAUUUCACAUUGAGUGGUGACCUCACCAGAUUCUGAACACAUCUAAGCAAUCAAUUUUCCAGUUACGUUUGGUCCUGUAAAAAGGUGGUGGGCAUAUAUAAAAUGUGUUGGAAUUACUACAUCAUUUACUUGAUUUGGAUGUAAAUACCUUCAAAUUAAAGCUGAAAUUCUGCACUUAAAGCACAUCUUGACUCUUUCAUUUCAAAUCCAUUGGCUGUGCACACAGCCAAAUGCUGAAAAUUGUGUCAAUGUCCAAAUAUUUAUAGACCUGACUACAUUUCCCUGGAUCCACACCAAAAACCAAUCCCUGGUUUGUUAUUGGCCAAUGAUCUGAGUAUAGAUUGUUGACACAACCUGCUGAUCAUCCGUGAGUCGAUAGACACAUGAAACCAAGAAGAAAAGCUCCUUGGUUGAAGUAAAUAUGGUGUUUGGUUAAAAUAUUAACUUUAUGUCUCUUGAAUAUGUGACUACUUCAUAUUCACACCUGAGACACCAAUAUGUAAAGCUUCAAGGUCAUGAAUGAGGUGAUGUGAAUCCAUGAGCGGGCUUUAGAUGAAUAUAUUCUGAGAGUAAUAGUGCUGCUGGUGAAGCUUGAGGCUGCAUGCUGGAUUACCAUCCAUUCAUUAUAUGAGCAUAUGUUAAGUCUUUGUACAGUGAUAUCUGCUUUGAAAUCUGCACAUUCAGACAUAUCAAAAGGUGAAAAGGGAAAAGCUCAUUCCAUGUGACUGAGUCCUUCUGUUACUUGAAUGAGCAGACACGGUGUGCCUUGACAUUUAUAAACACAUAGUUUAAUGUAUUUUUAUUUUUGGAAAAGAUGUGUAUAGAAAGUACAGCUGUUUGUUUAAAAAACAUUUAGAGCUGAUUUUAAAUAUUUUGCAUAAAUGUAAAGAUUUGUUUUCAUGAUUUUAUGGAUUUCUAUCUACAUUUAAGGGUAUCACCAUAAUUUUUGCUUUAAAAUAGGCAACCAGCUGUGCAGGCAAUCCUCAGUGUUGCUACAUUACCACUUUCUUGGUCUGGGGAAUUCUCACUUCAUAGUUGGUGCUGCUAAUCGAUAAUCUGUAUUUCUGCUGGCUUGAAUCUUUGUAGCUGUUGUUGUUGAUGUUGUAUGAAAAAUGACUUGUUGACAGAGAUUUUCUUCAGAAAUUUUUGCAACAGUGUUCUCCAUGCUGAGUAAAAAGAUGUAUUGACUUUUGUUGCAUCAA